UGAAACUCCAUUAUCACGCAUAUCGGCACUUGAUCUCGACACGUAGCCACCUUAUCCAUCUCUCCGCAGACAAGAUCCUCGGUACAAAGGAAGACAGUCACGGCUGAAUACGGAAAUCUAUAAAUACAAUGACCUCAACGACAUCCCACUUCCCCCACCCCCACCACUCCGUCCUUAACUACGGCUCCUUACCCCUCCCUCACUCGAAAUCCUCGCCUAAAUUCUUCGGUGGUCGAAAGCACUCAAUUCCUCCUCCAACCCAUUCUCAUCGAACCAGGUACUAUAUACACAUACAAAAUGGCCCCAAUCGCCGUUCAGCCUACAACGGCUACCGCCUCCUCCACCACUACAACAGUCCUCCCAACCUCAAUUGAGACACCUCCAACUCAUCCUGACAUUCUCCGGGUCGACCGUGGCACAAAGGCCUUUUCCUCCGGUGCUGUGUCCCUCGUCUCAUUGCCCGCCGGCUCGCUCUUUGCCAAGAUCACCACCGCGACUCCUUCCAAGAAAGCAUACACCUCCGUGCAGACCGGCGCCAACAGCCACAUCGAGCUGAACUCCGAUCUUGUCUACUGCAACCACUCAUGCAGCCCGACGCUGAACUUCGACAUGGGCAAGAUGGAAGUCCGGGUCGUCGAUGAUCGCGACCUGAAGGCGGGCGAUCCGCUCACAUUCUUCUACCCAAGCAGUGAAUGGGAGAUGGAUCAGGCUUUCCAGUGCAACUGUGGAUCUGGAGACGGCGUUUGCAAGGGGUGGAUUGAUGGAGCGAAGAAGUUGAGCCGGAAGGACUUGGAGGGGUACUGGUUGAAUGGCCAUAUCGAGGAGUUGCUAAAGGAGAGAGACUCGUGAUUUGACUACAUGCGUUAUAGAAUUGAUCCCGCUGACGAAGGUGGAAGCUGUACACUUGCGGAUAUUAGAUACCAGACGAUAGACAAAAUCUC